ACAAAUGCUUUUCAAUUGUUUUCGAUUUCGCUUAUUCUUUGAACACCGACAUUGAACAACGCAAUAUUAAACGCUUCGUUGUCUCGAUUUUAUCAUAUUGUUAUGCUAAAAUCAUUAAAGGGUAACCAUAGCAUCAACACGUCUACAUCCAGUGAACAUUACAGAACAUCGUGUCUGUUGAAUACUGUAACCAGUAACAAAACUUGCGAACGGAACGUCUUAUCAAGUGACUAGUUACUGUGGAAAACUAAAAUGACAGCGUUUGUUAAUCAUUUUUCAAGCAGGUUUUAAUACUUUCCCCUUUGUUAUACUGGGAGAAAUCAUACCAGGAUGUAUGCUAAAUUUUUGGAUGUGGCGCCCUACCUAGAGAUUUUUUCACCAGCUGCCACUGGUUGUGUGGUCUUCCCUUCACAAGUUCUGGAGGUGAACGUCAUGCUGCCAAAGAGCAGAACUGGCUGUAUUUAGAACUGGAUCUCUGCACCGUUUCAGCCUAGAGACGGAGUGGGAAUACAGUAAGGGAGGAGGACGUGAGCUCAGCUGAAGCCAAUGCAGCAGCAGCAGAGCCGGCAGCCUGGCCUAGUGGAGGGAAGCCUUCCAGUGUUUGUGUUCCCCACCGAGCUGCUGUUCUACGCAGAUGAGCAGGCUUCACAUAAGCAGGUGCUCACCCUCUACAACCCUUAUGAGUUUGCGCUUAAAUUCAAAGUUUUGUGCACAGCACCAAACAAGUAUGCCGUGGUGGAUGCCACUGGUGCUGUUAAACCACAAUGUUGUGUGGAUAUCGUGAUCCGUCACAGGGACGUGCGGGCCUGUCAUUACGGGGUGAUUGAUAAGUUCCGGCUGCAGGUGUCUGAGCAGAGUCAGAGGAAGGCUUUGGGCAGGAAGGAAGUGAUGGCCACUCUGCUGCCCUCCGCCACUCAGGAGCAGCCCCAGGUCCGGCCCCAGGAAGAGGAGCGCAGGAUGAAGGAGCAGCUUGCCGACAGAGUGUUCUUUGAGCAGACUGCAUUCCAGACAGAGAGCCGUACAGCGUCUGGGGGUCCCAGCCUCCUCACUGUCCUUUUAGGCCUGGUGUGUAUGGCGGCCCUUAUGCUCCCAACUCUGGGAGAGCAGGAAUCCACAGUGCCUGUCUACCUCCACUUAAGUGUUAACAAGAAACUUGUAGCUGCUUAUGUUUUAGGUCUUCUCACAAUGGUUAUUCUGCGCACUUGAAGUGCUCUUGGAAACAAUCUUGCUAAAAGGAACUAAGAUGAUGAAGAGGGGAGAUAUGGACAUUAACACAGCUAGGAGGGUUGUGAGGAUGGAGGGGAAGCACGUCUGAGAAACUCCCUAUAAACAGGAACUAACUUCUUAAAUGAUCUUCACAAACUCACAGACCCAAUGAAGACACAAAGAUCCAUGGGCGAGGGGAAGGGAGUGUUCUGUGUUUACAGGCUGAACACUGACUGAGCUUGGCAUUGAAUCUGGCUGACUAUGUUAAAGGUGGGGGGGGGGUGUAGAGGAACAUGAAUACAUUAAAUUAAAUGUGGUGUUAUACGUCAUAUUCAGUGUCUCUGGCUUUUUGUUGCUUCUCUCAAGACUGAAAAUGGCUCUUUUGUUCUAUUUGUU